CUCAUCAAAAUAGCCAUUUCGCACCGUGUAGUGUGUCCGAAAGAAGUAGGGGAUAAGUGCGCCCCGUGUUUACAAGCGAAAGCGCAUCUGUCCAGCGGUUCUACGGAUGGCAAUGCCGAUAGAAACGCAAAUGCACGUUCGCGAUGGAGUUGAAGGGGGAAAAAAUCCCGCGUGUGAAGCCAGGGAGCGAUGAUGUCACAGGCAGUGCAAGGAGGGAAGAGGAGAGCCGUGUGUGUGUGUGUCAGCAUUCAGCUGUCUAAAAUUCACAUCAUUCAUCUGAUCUCUGCUCUACACACACAGUAAAAUGUGGGCAACAGCCAUUUUCCUGUCUGGUGUAGUAACACUCUGCUCAGCAUCAAAAGGUUUAGGAGGUAAGGUGCUGCUGUUCCCAUAUGAGACCGACUUCAGCUUUGUCAAGCUCACCCCUCAGAAGCCUCUUGGCCUCAGCGCCUUCACGCUCUGCAUGCGCGUGGCCACGGAGCUUACGGGAGAGCGGCAGAUCAUCCUGUUUGCCUAUCGCACGUCUGACUACGACGAGCUGAACGUGUGGCGCGAAAGAGACGGCCGCGUGUCCUUCUACCUGAGUGGAGACGGCGCCUUCUUCCACCUGCCACCGCUGAACACGUUCCGCACGCACCUCUGCCUCACCUGGGCCUCGCGCACGGGCCUCUCCGCGUUCUGGGUGGAUGGCCGCCGGAGCGCGCUCCAAAUCUACAAGCCGGGGCAUUCGAUCCGCCCUCAGGGCACGGCGCUUCUCGGCCAGGAUGCAGAUAAACACCUGGGCGACUUUGAGGCCGUCCAAAGCUUCGCUGGAGAGAUCACCGACCUCUGUAUGUGGGACUAUGUGUUGACAGGUAACCAAAUCAAAGCGCUGUACUUCAACCAGGGCCAGAGAGUUCCACGCCCAACCGUUUUCGACUGGCAGAACAUAGAGUAUGAAAUUCAAGGCAAUGUGUUGGUCGUUGCUGAUGACUGACUGACAUUGGACCCAUCACACUCGUUUGCACCACCAUGUGCAUAUAUACAUUUUACAGUUACCCUGUUAUCUGUUGUCAUCAUGUAUACUCAGAGGUGUCAAAAGUAAAAGUAAAUUCAUGGUGUAAGUAUAACACUAGCCCAUGUUAUUGCAUAUCUAUUACACCAUUUACUCCAUUGUACCUAAUGGGAUAGACAGUGUUGUACUGAAAAACACUAAAAAUCUAACAAGGACCCUCUACAAACUUGAGCCACCCAGUGCAAAGUCAGCUGAUCGUAAGACAAGUACACAAGUCUACUGGUUAUUCAGAUAAGUUACCUGUGUUGGAGGGAAACAGUGUUUCUUUUUUUUAACUUCUACUUUUACUUUUGACCCCUCUGUGUAUACAUUGUCUUUGUUGUAGGCCUAUAUUACAAAUAACAAGCAGAAGCCUAGUGGCAUGAGGCCUAACUCCCAACAUGAUAUAGAGGUAGUUAUUAUAUGUGAGCUAAACAUCCAGCUCUAACAUCAUACAGAAUGAUAAGCCCGGAUAGAGCACAAUCAUUAAUUGUUUGACCAUUGAAAAACUAAUGAAUGGUUAUUUCACACUGACUGUCCAACUUAUCUGUAUUGUAGACAGCGUAUAUAAUAAAGUUAAUAUUUGCGAAC